AUGUCUUUUACAGUCCCGAAGAAUGCUCCGUCCUUUGGCAACCCGCAACGACUGAUCGAGGAUCACAUGUGGUCAUCCUCAGGCGUCACGGCCCGCGGUUCGAAAGCACAAGCGUCCGGCAUCCUCGACGGCGUUCAGCACCGCGUGGACGAUUUCUUGGGUACGCGCGGACAGCUGCCCAUGUACAAAGACAAACCAUAUACCUAUGCCGCGUCCAGGCGCCUGCGACCGGCGUGGCGGAGAAAAAGAACCAUUCUGCUCCUCAUACUGCUGGUGCUGGGCGGCUGCUGGUUCUUUGGCGCCUUCGAGGAUGUCGACACGCCGCACAUUGACCUGCAGCGGUGGAUGUCAUCCGAGGCGGCCAAGGAACCGAGUGGCAAGAAGGUAGACUGGGACAAAGAGGAAGAGAAAAGAGUGGUGGAAGCCUUUGAGCUGAGCUGGGAUGCGUACGAGCGAUACGCUUGGGGCUACGACGAGUACCACCCCGUAGCGAAGACCGGCAAGCACAUGGCACCCAAGGGCCUCGGCUGGAUCAUCAUCGACUCGCUCGACACGAUGAUGCUCAUGAACCUCACUUCGCGGCUGACGCAUGCCCGCGAGUGGCUGUCCCAGUCGCUGACCUGGGACCAGAACCAAGACGUCAACACAUUUGAAACGACGAUUCGCAUGCUCGGCGGCCUGCUGUCGGCGCACUACAUCUCGACCGAGUUCCCGCAGCUGGCACCAUUGGCUGACGACGACGAGGGCGCGCCGGGCGAGGACUUGUACCUCGAGAAAGCCAAGGACCUGGCAGACCGAUUGAUCGGAGCAUUCGACUCGGAGUCAGGCGUGCCGUACGCAAGUGUCAUCCUCAGCAAGGGCGAGGGUGUCAGCUCGCACGCAGACGAUGGGGCGUCGUCGACAGCCGAAGUUACGACGCUGCAGCUUGAGUUCAAGUAUCUUGCCAAGCUGACGGGAGAGAAGUACUACUGGGACAAGGUCGAGAAGGUGAUGCAAGUGGUGGACGACAACGGGGCGCAGGACGGCCUCGUGCCCAUCUACAUUUAUGCGACAUCGGGCAAGUUCCGCGGGUCGAAUAUCCGGCUCGGCUCGAGGGGCGACUCGUACUACGAGUACCUGAUCAAGCAGUACCUCCAAACGAACAAACAGGAGCCGGUAUACCAGGAGAUGUGGGAGGAGUCGCUCGGGGGCGUGCGCAAGCACCUCAUCACGUACAGUGAGCCCUCGCGCUUCACUGUACUGGGUGAGCGACCAUCAGGGCUCGACGGCAAGCUGUCACCCAAGAUGGACCAUCUCGUGUGCUUCUACCCUGGCACGAUUGCGCUCGCGGCCACAGGCGGCCUCACGGAAGCCGAGGCGCGCAAGCUGUCGACGUGGGGCGCCAAACAGGAGGCAGACAUGGCGUUGGCGCGCGAGCUCAUGCAUACAUGCUGGGGCAUGUACAAGUGGAUGGCCACGGGGCUGGCGGCCGAGAUCACGUACUUCAAGGUCAACGACCCGCCGCUGCCAGAGGAGGGGACCCCCGUUCCCCCGGUUUGA